ACCUCACCUUCAGUAUUUACCAGGUUCCCCUCAGGGUCUAGGCACUCCACCUGAAUCAACAGCUGCAGAUCUUAGCGAAUGAGAGCCUCUUAUCCUACCAACAGCUGACUCUUACCCGCUGCGCAACUGCUCUAAAAUCUGCCGGUGGGAUAUGGGCGAUGGUGGAAAGAUCUGCCGAUGUUCCUGACCCAAUGACGAUAUCCAACACCGCACAUGUUGGGUUGGGUCGUGGAGAAGACUUCGUGAAGGAAAAGAGUACCUACGAGACUUGACCCUUCAUUAUCUUUACAGCUGCGGGAUCGCCAUCGGCAAAGCCCUAUGGCCAAGAAUGUCGUCCCCUUUCCACUCCCCACUUGCCUCCUCGAACUCCACCCGCAUUGCUACUCCUCACGCAAACAACUGCCCUUUUGACAGUUAUCGCGCUAGUGAAGGUGCAGAGCCUAAGGCAGGCUUAAAAGAAUUAAAAUUGUCUGUGAAAGAGUCUGUGGGCGAUGAAGGGAAUGGGCAGGGCUUGACUGGUCCCACCCGGUUGGAGACUUUACCUGCAUGGAGAUGUGGACUGGCCGCGACCUCUCCUUUCACUGCGUCCGAAGAUAAAGAAUCUGAUGAUGUACUGCCAUUGCUCGCCAACUCGAGUCGUACUCCAAACUGUUCUCGGAGACGGUGUAGGAGACCUAAGCUAGCCCGCUGCGUGUUAUUCCCUCUCCUAGGAUUCUUCAUCAUGCUAGGUAUCAUUCAGUUCAUUAUUAUCGCCUGUGGCAUUGUCAUAACGUUCUUCUCGGAUGACCUCGACCGUUUGUCAGUUCUUCGUUGGCAACACGAGGAAAGAUUGGGCGCGAACGUCUCCCAUUGGCCCACGGACUUUACCAGAGAUAUCAUCCCAGUUGGAUGCCACUCACACAAUGACUAUUGGCGGCCAGUUCCCCUGUUUUCUGCUAUACAGGCGGGGUGUAUUGGCGUGGAAGCCGACGUAUGGCUUUUCGACGACGAACUAUACGUGGGCCAUACCACUUCGUCGCUGACACAGCAGCGCACGCUGAGGAGCUUGUACAUUGAUCCCCUAAUAAGGUUACUCGAGAAACAAAACCCAACUUCCAAACUCCACCCUACUGUAGAUCAGUCAUUACAGGGAGUUUUCGACACUGACCCAUCCCAGAGCCUUAUCCUACUCAUUGAUUUCAAGACUGACGGAGAUGCGACAUGGAAUACAGUCGUCGAGCAGUUGUCACCCCUCCGCGGGCGUGGCUAUCUUACCCACUUUAAUGGUACUGGCGUGGUCAAAGGCCCUAUCACAGUUGUGGGAACGGGCAAUACCCCCUUCAACCUGGUGGCGGCGAACACUACUUAUCGAGACAUCUUCUUCGAUGCUCCUUUAGAGAAAUUGGCUGAGGACUAUGACAUGGAUAAUGUUGAGAGUCAAGGUUUCGAUGAUCACAUUCCAGAGGAUGCAGGAGGGAUGACAGACCGGUCUAACGAGAAUGUCGGUCAGGGCCUCUCGGGCUUAUCCGGUGACGAGAUCGGCCCUGGCACGUUCAACUGGACCAACAGUUACUAUGCAUCUGUUUCUUUUAGGAAGUCGAUCGGCUUUCCUUGGUUGUUCUACCUCAGUGAUCGACAAAUCGACAAGAUUAAAGUGCAGAUCCAGGGAGCCCACCAGCGCGGACUCAAAGUUCGGUAUUGGGAGUUGCCUAGCUGGCCUCGGAGUUUGAGGAAUCAUAUCUGGACUGUUCUGGUUCGCGAAGGGGUUGAUAUUCUCAACGUUGACGAUCUGCAGAGUGCCACUAAACAGGACUGGAGACCCAAAUUCUCUGAUUGGUGGCACUAACUUGCGUUGCUGCUGCCUGCAAUCUGCAUAUAAAUUAGGUGUGGCUGUACAGUCAAACAAGCCCAAUAUGCACCAUGCACCAUGCACCAUGCUAGGCAGUGAAGUUUUACCACUUUUUCGACGGUGUUGAGGUUCCUUUUGAGUAGAUAUCCUACGAGUUGUCGUAUUGUUUCCUUAGAAUUUUGUGUUACUUUUACCAGUUCCUAUUUUAGAUCAACGCAAUAUGAUUGAUGCG